CAAUCAAUCAUUGCCACCAUCAUCGUAAUCAUUAUCAUAAGUGCCAUAAUAAUUUUUAUUUUAAUCAAAAAUUUAACCAUUUUUCCAAAUUCACUAUGUCGGCAAAAACGACCAAGGUGAUGGAUAUAACGAACAAUAACAAUAAUGUGGAUGAAGAACGAAAUUCAUCAUCAGAAAUGCCUCGAAUAACACAUGUAAUAUUCGAUCUGGAUGGUCUACUAUUGGAUACUGAAUUUGCCUAUGAACAGGCUACACAACAAAUUGUUCAAAGAUAUGGUCGUUCAUUUACAUUGGAAGAUAAAUUGAAAAUUCUUGGACGACCAGGUUCGGUUGUAGCACGUAUGAUUGUCGAUGAUCUUAAACUGCCCAUAAGUGUUUCAGAAUUUAUGCAACAAUUCGAUGAAGAAUAUUGUAAUCUUGUCAAUGUACAACCAGUGCCUUUAAUGCCUGGUGCUGAACGUCUAAUACGACAUUUGAAUCGUUUCCAAAUACCUACAGCUAUAGCUACGGGUAGCCGUCGUUUUACAUAUGAAUUGAAUACAAAAUUUCACAAAAAUCUGUUCCAAUCAUUUCAUCAUGUACUCAUGACACCUGAAGAUCCAGAAGUGACACGUGGAAAACCAGAUCCACAACCUUAUUUAAUAUGUGCCAAACGUUUUGAAAAUGUUCCAACAACAAUGAUUGAUAAUAAUCGUUCCAUAUUGGUUUUCGAAGAUUCAUUAGUCGGUAUUGAAUCAGCAAAUCGUGCCGGUAUGACAACCGUAUGGAUACCGGAUUAUCGUUUUGAUCGACAUAAACAUCAACAUCAAAAACAGCAACAUUCAUCAUCAUUAUCAUCAUCAUGGUCGAAACCAUGCUUGGUGUUGGAUUCAUUGAAAUUAUUUCAACCAGAAUUAUUUGGUCUGCCACAAUUUCUAGAUGAUUAACCAAAAAAAAUUUUUUUUUUUUAAAUAAUAAGCAUAAUAUUCUGCCUUGUAU